CGGCGCUUGUCGUUGCCAGUUGCAGUAACCAGGUAAUGAUUACAAUUUGCUGGAUGUAGACGACUCAGUCGCUCACUGUCAUGCCUCUCCAACAGCCCUCUCCGUCACAUGCUGUUGACGCCAGCGCCAAUAGGGCAACUCCCGCGGUGCGUAUUACGCAACAAGCCUCAAACAAACCGUCGUCAGCGGUCUGGAGAGCGGAUAGGAGCUCUAGGGCCGCGUUUCCGCGCCCUCGCUCGUCAACAACGCAACGACAAUCCCACCGAAGAUCUCGGACCGGCUGCUGCUUCUCGUUCGUCGCGGGCGCGCCGCCAUCUAGCACGCUCACGCAGAGCCAGGCUACGUCGCAUAGUCUCUGAUUCUUCCAAGGUUUCGAGAUUCACAUACGUGCAUAUGCACGCAGCACCUACGCUCGAUCGCAUUCCAGUGCAGCAUCGAGUCCUACUGGUCAAUAAUUACCAAACGGCGCCCUACCAGGUCUCUGGUACUCGCUUCGUUACGCGCGUCGAUCUGUCGCUUGCGCAACGGUUAAUAUCGCGUUCAUCUAGAAGGUACUUUGGUACUUUGAAGUACGUGUACGCAUGGUCAGCACGCUGCAGCGCUUCAUCUACGAUACAUUGAGAGUGAGGCACGGCAAGUUCCACGACCUACAUGCCGCGGAUUUUUCAUCGGAGGAUCUCCUCUGGUGCUAUUACAUGCGCGUCUGAAAUGUUAUAUCGCACCAUCGAUCCGAUGUUGUUGAGACCUCUGAACGUCAUUGUUCACGAU